AGAACAACACGGCAUACUGAAAACAUUGAUGUUUCGAUGUCAGCGGUUGUUGACCCUGUCAGGUUCUGUCAGGUCCCACAGAUCACUUGUAUUUACAGACCCAUAUCCAGCUGUCCUGUCUGGUUACCUGUUGGGAAAGCCAGACUGGCAAAGAAAAGCAAGGACUUUAAGCCAGGUUUCCGUCUUGGCCCCACCAUACCCGCUCACUGGGAAAGAGAAGUAUGAGACAUUGACAGACUUACCUCAAGAUCCUGGAGGAAAAGGUGUGACCGUGCUCUCUCAGGAUACCGUGAACGCGCCAUGCUUCGGGACAACCCCCUCCUCAGCCUUCUCCAUUGAAUGCUGCUCAGACGACUCGGGGCUUUUCCAAAAUGGGACAUUUCAAGUGUCCAUGGAAAGUAAUGCUCUUUCAGACCAGCAUCUGUCUCAGGACUCCAGCUCAAUCCCACACCGGAGCAUUUGUACACAGAAGUGUUGUCCAUUAGGGUCACAUGACCAUCAGAAAUCCGCUUUAUUGGACCGCUUGGAGCAAAAAAAUGCCAAGAAGCCAUUGCAAGCUGAUCUCAGCCAGUGUCUACUAGGAAAACCAUUUAGGUAUGACAGCUGCAGUACAACCCCAAAAUUAAUCCAUGACUAUGCAUUCAGCAUUAGGGACAGUAUCAGAAGUGGUCAGCAUGAUCACAGAGAAUUGUUUCAUAAGGGCUCAUAUCCUUUCUGGAGUGCUUUCUCUGCGUCAAAGGCCUGGCCAGUUGAUCCCUGUCAGAAUCACGUACCUGUCCAGAGGCGCUGCCUUCACCAGGGAGCCACUGCCCCCAUGAGGACCCCUCCCAGUGGGGCUGCCCUCAGAGAGUGCCUGUCUGCUGACAACGAGACGCGUUGCCGUCGGGUUCUGGAGCCCAACAUGGCCCUGUAUGAGAAGGAGAACGCGGCGGCGAAGACCAAGGAGGGCCAGCGGCGCUGUGCGGCCAUAUUGGUUUCCCUGUGCUCGGUGGAAGGGGAGCCAGCCUUCCUCUUCACCCUCAGGUCAAGCACACUGAAGGGCAGGCACAAGGGCGAUGUCAGUUUUGCAGGAGGGAAGCAGGACCCCACCGACAGGGAUGUCGUGGACACUGCGCUGAGGGAGGCCCGUGAGGAGCUUGGUGUCACUGUGGCGACAAGUAGUGUGUGGGGUGUGCUGAAGCCACUGCGAGAUUGGUCUGGAAUGAUGAUCGCCCCAGUCAUAGCCAAUAUUGGCCCCCUGGAGGAGCUGUCGUUCCGCCCUAAUCCCAGCGAGGUUGAGGAGAUCUUCACCAUCUCCCUUGCUCACGUAUGCAACCCGGAGAACCGCGGCUACACGCACUUCCGCACCGGCGAUCGCUACGGCUACACGCUGCCCGUGUUCCGCAACGGGAAGCACCGCGUCUGGGGGCUGACGGCCGUGGCCCUGGACCACACCCUCAAAAUUAUCGUGCCCCCUUAGAAGCACAGGUCACAUUGCUGCCUCACACCUGCAGAUGUUGACUGCUGAGAUUACUUUGCGGUGCUUAAGUUGACCCAAAGUAUCUCUUCCAGCCACUGCAUGUACAGUAUAUCCCUAUGUACUGUAUAUACAGUUUGCAAAGCACAAGUGCAUAUAUGGACAUUAUGAAAUAAUGUGUAUGACUUUCAUAUUAUUUAACCCUUAACUGGGUUUAAGAUAAAUAAAUACUACUGGUACCCUCCUGAAGGUGCACUAUGUAUCAAAAGGGACCUGAGGAACAUGAAAGCUAUCCAAACUGGUGUUGUACACCUUGCAAUAACCUCAUUGUUUAAGUCAAAUAUGUAUUCAGUUCAAAACAAACCACUUUCUACAGUCUGAACGUACAGUAUUAUAUGUCAUAUGACGUUUUUGGUAACAGAAAAUGCAAUAAAAUACUGUGAAAAUCUGCUUUUAAAAAUGGAUUGCUUUUGGACAUAUUACCUAGGAGAUACAGAGUAAUGAACUUCGUUAUUUAAUGAAAUGAAUAAAUACAAAGAUGUGAAAGCAUAUAAAUAUGGGCUGCGAAUAAUGGCACUGUAAACAAACAUCAGUUGUUGAAGAGGUGUUUCAUUUGAAAUGCUGCUUGGUUUUAAUCAAAAUCCCAAACUCAAUCUUCCAUGUCAUUCAAAGUUGAAUAAUUUAUUAAUGUAUUUACAUGCAUUUUAUUUGGGGGAAUGUGGAAGUAAGUACACUUGCUUUUGAUUGUCCCCCCCAAUACUAAUAAGGCUUGUGUCAGUCUUGUAUACACAUAAUGUCAUUAACAAAAGUUAAAUAAAGCACCAAUAUCUGA